AUGACAGGUCGAAGGUCGAGCGGAUCGCAGAUUAACAAGCCCAAUGGGCUGUCUGGUCAAGUUGUCGAAGUCAACGGUCACACGACGAUCAGAACGCACGGAAAGGGUCAUCACAAGGAAGCUAUCAUCGACGAGUAUCUCGCCAACCUUGAUGACUCACUUGCCAGUGCCUCGGUCGCCGAUCGAGCACCGGUGACAGCCCAACGUCAGGCUGGCAUCACCGCUAUUCCCCACGCUGGCUUUCCUCGUGCAGAAUUUGCUCCUGCCAGCACUGAGCUACACGCAGACGCGGAGGCUGCCACUGUCUACGGUCAGACUGUCGGCAAGCAAGUUGCAGCCCAGAACGAAGGCUACACGACUUUGCAAAAGCAUGUUGCAUUCUUUGACGGUGACGGUGACGGCGUCAUCUGGCCACUUGACACCUAUCGCGGCUUCAGAGCCUGCGGAUACGGCUACAUCAUCAGCUUCCUCGCCAUCUUCAUCAUUCAUUCUGCAUUCUCAUACCCCACUGUCAGCGGCUACCUUCCCGAUCCCUACUUUCGAGUCUACAUCGAAAACAUCCACCGCUGCAAGCAUGGUUCGGAUAGCGGCGCGUAUGACAACGAAGGCCGCUUUGUUCCCCAGAAAGCACACGAUUUCUUCCACAAGUACGGCAAAGGCGACGAAUUGACAUCCGGCGAGCUCUAUCGCGCAACAAAGGGCCAACGAGUUCUUAUGGAUCCCUUUGGGGUUUUCGCGGCGAUCUUUGAAUGGUGGACAACAUGGCUCAUUGCAGUGGGUAGUACGACGAAGGGGAAGCUGUCGCGCGACGAUGCCCGCGGCGUCAUUGACGGCUCGCUCUUCUACAAACUCAAGGAAGAACGCCUCUCACGCGAGCAGACAUGA